AUGCACAAUAAGAAUAUCUUGGAAAACAGAGAUAUGCAAGUUGUACAACACCCAACUUCAAAGGUAGAACUUAGAUUUCAAUGUACUAAACUGACCAAUUUAGAUACAUUCUCUAAAAGUGAUCCACAGAUCUAUAUCUAUCAUCAACAAAGAGGAUCAAAGGUUUGGGAUUUAUUAGAUAGAACUGAAAAGAUUCAAAAUAAUCUUAAUCCAAUCUUUAGAAAGGUUGUCAAUGUUGAUUACUUUUUCGAAGAUAUUCAAAAUUUAAAAAUUGUUGUAAUUGAUGUUGAUAAUGAUCAUACAUAUGAUUUAAAGAAACAAGAUUUUAUUGGUGAAUUGGAUACUACUUUGGGUGAAAUCAUCUCAAAACCAGGAUGUACUCUUAUCAAAGACCUUAAAUCAAAGUCUAACAGUUUUGCUGGUACUAUUCAAAUUGUUGCCGAAGAAAUUAGAGCUACUGGUUUAAACAUUAAGUUUAGAUUUGGUGGUAAGCAUUUUGAUAAAAAGGAUCUUUUUGGUAAAUCUGAUCCAUACUUUGUACUUGGAAAAUAUUCUGGAACUGGAUAUCAAACAGUUUAUACAAGUGAAACACACAAGAAUACAUUGGAUCCAGAGUUUAGAGAGGUGAUGUUAAAGUUGGAGGAAUUGUGUGGUGGCGAUCUCAACAGACCUAUCCAAUUUGAAUUUUAUGAUUGGGAUUCUGUUGGAAAACACGACUUUAUCGGCUCGUUCAACACAACCACUGCCGAGUUACUUGCUGGCAAGAAGGACUUUGAUGUGAUCAACCCCAAGAAAAAGGAAAAGAAGAGUAGCUACAAAAACAGUGGAGUUGUACACUUUCACAAUGUGCAACAAUGCAAAGACUAUACAUUCUUGGACUACCUCAUCGGUGGUUGUGAGAUUAGUUUGAUGAUUGCUAUUGAUUGCACUGGAUCGAAUGGUGACCCCUCGUUUGCAGGUUCGCUCCAUUACAAACAUCCAACCGAACCAAACGAGUAUGCCAAGGCAAUCGUCAGUGUUGGUAAUGUGUUGGGUCCAUACGACGCCGAUGGUAUCAUCCCAGUCUAUGGGUUUGGUGCCACUGUUCCUGGUGUCGGUCGUGUCAACCAUUGCUUCCCAAUGUCACUCACUGAUAAUCCAAAUGCACUCGGUGUGCCAGGUGUACUCGACACUUACUACCAAAACAUCACACGUGUCGAUUUCUCGGGUCCAACUUACUUUGCACCUAUCAUUAAUGCAGCUGCUUCGUUUGCUGCUGGUGGUGGUGCACAAAAGUACACCAUUCUCUUGAUCAUCACCGACGGUGAGAUUUGUGACAUGGAAAACACAAUCGAGUCGAUUGUCAAGGCUUCCACCUUGCCCAUGUCUAUCGUCAUUGUCGGUGUUGGUAAUGCCAACUUUGACAACAUGAAUGUAUUGGAUGGCGACAAUGGUGUUCUCAUUGCCCCCUCCAAAGCCAGAGCCGAAAGAGAUAUCGUCCAAUUUGUCGCUUUCAAUCAAUACAAAGACAAAGACUUUAUGCUCUUGGCGAAUGAAACACUCAAAGAAAUACCAGGUCAACUUUUGGGUUACAUGAAAUCAAGGAAUAUUCAACCAAAUCCACCAAGAGUUGCUCAAGCUGUUCCACCAGUUGUUGUUGCUGCUACUCCAGUUCCACCAAAAUAA